AUGGGAGACCUCAUUGAUGUGCGUAGGGCUGGCAGAGGGCAGAGCUGGCAGGAGUGCCAGCCACAACCAGACCACAUCUGGGGAGGUCCAGGUGGCUGCAGGAAAUCUGAAGUUGGAGGAGAAAGCCAGGGGACAGAAGUGAAAAGUCAGGGGGCCUCAGUUGCUUGGAGAGGUGAGCUUGGCCCUCAGGGCCUGAGAGCCGUGGUCCUUGGAUGCCUCUUUGCCAACAGCCCAGCUUCUCUUGAAAGCCUGCCCAUCGCCAAGCCCUGUUUCCUCUCACGGGUGAACUUGGGAAGCAGAUUCGUACCUUCCGUGCAACAGGCCGGCACGAGGGACGGGAGAGGAGCUUACGAAGUGGUCAGUGCCUCUCUUUUGAAUGGAGACCCGUGGAACCCAGUGACAAACGCAGACACAAAGAAUCAUCCAGGAGUCUUGAAUUUUCGAAUACAGCUGGAAAGCAAAGAACUGAUUGUAAAUCUGGAAAGAAACAAAGGCCUCAUUGCCAGCGGUUUCACAGAAACCCACUAUCUGCAAGAUGGCACUGAUGUCUCCCUCAUCCGAAAUUACACAGGUCACUGUUACUACCAUGGACACGUGCAGGGCUAUUCUGGUUCCACGGUCAGUCUCAGCACUUGUUCUGGUCUCAGGGGACUUAUUACAUUUGAAAAUAAAACCUACAUUUUGGAGCCAAUGAAAAAUGAAACCAACAGAUACAAACUCUUCCCAGUGGAGAACCUGCAGAGCACCUGGGGACCCUGUGGAUCAAACACAACGGGCCUCGCUAUGCAUGACAGGCUCCCACCGCCCUCCCAGACCUGGACAAGAAGGCAAAAAAGAGAGACCCUCAAGACGACCAAGUAUGUAGAGCUCGUUAUUGUGGCAGACAACCGAGAGUUUCAGAGGCAAGGAAAAGACCUGGAAAAAGUCAAACAACGAUUAAUAGAGAUCGCUAAUCACGUUGACAAGUUUUACAGACCGCUGAACAUUCGAAUCGUGUUGGUGGGCGUAGAGGUGUGGAACGACAUCGACAAAUGCUCCAUAAGUCAGGACCCAUUCACGAGCCUCCACGAGUUUCUGGACUGGAGAAAGAUGAAGCUUCUACCUCGCAAAUCCCAUGACAACGCACAGCUUAUCAGUGGAGUGUAUUUCCAGGGGACCACCAUCGGCAUGGCGCCCAUCAUGAGCAUGUGCACGGCAGAACAGUCCGGGGGAAUCGUCAUGGACCAUUCAGACAGUCCCCUUGGCGCGGCUGUGACCCUGGCCCAUGAGCUGGGACACAAUUUCGGGAUGAACCAUGACACCCUGGAGAGGGGCUGUAGCUGCAGAACGGCUGCUGACAAAGGAGGCUGCAUCAUGAACCCCUCAACCGGGUACCCGUUCCCCAUGGUAUUCAGCAGCUGCAGCAGGAAGGACCUGGAGGCCAGCCUGGAGAAGGGCAUGGGUAUGUGCCUCUUUAACCUGCCGGAAGUGACGCAGUCCUUUGGGGGCCAGAAGUGCGGGAAUGGAUAUGUCGAAGAAGGAGAGGAGUGUGACUGUGGCGAACCGGAGGAGUGUCUGAAUCUCUGCUGCAACGCCACCACCUGUACCCUGAAGCCGGAUGCUGUCUGCGCACACGGACUGUGCUGUGAAAACUGCCAGCUGAAGCCUGCGGGAACGGCGUGCAGGGACUCUAGCAACUCCUGCGACCUCCCGGAGUUCUGCACGGGAGCCAGUCCUCACUGCCCGGCCAACGUGUACCUGCACGACGGGCACCCGUGUCAGGGAGUGGACGGCUACUGCUACAACGGCAUCUGCCAGACCCACGAGCAGCAGUGCAUCACCCUCUGGGGACCAGGUGCUAAACCUGCCCCCGGGAUCUGCUUCGAGAGAGUCAACUCUGCAGGCGACCCUUACGGCAACUGCGGCAAAGACUCCAAGAGCUCCUUCGCCAAGUGCGAGAUGAGAGAUGCUAAAUGUGGAAAAAUCCAGUGUCAAGGAGGUGCCAGCCGACCAGUCAUCGGUACAAAUGCCGUUUCCAUAGAAACGAAUAUCCCCCUGCAGGAAGGAGGUCGGAUUCUGUGCCGUGGGACCCACGUGUACUUGGGCGAUGACAUGCCAGACCCAGGGCUUGUGCUUGCCGGCACAAAGUGUGCAGAUGGAAAAAUUUGCCUCAAUCGUCGGUGUCAGAACGUAAGUGUCUUCGGUGUUCACGAAUGUGCGGUGCAAUGCCACGGCAGGGGGGUGUGUAACAAUAGGAAGAACUGUCACUGCGAGGCCCACUGGGCCCCUCCCUUCUGUGACAAGUUUGGCUUUGGAGGAAGCAAGGACAGCGGCCCCAUCCGGCAAGCAGGUAACCAAGGUUUAACGAUAGGAAUUCUGGUGACCAUCCUGUGUCUUCUUGCCGCUGGAUUUGUGGUUUAUCUCAAAAGGAAGACAUUGAUACGACUGCUGUUUACAGAUAAGAAAACCACCAUUGAAAAGCUAAGGUGUGUGCGCCCUUCCCGGCCGUCCAGUGGCUCCCAGCCUAGUCAGGCUCACCUUACCCACCUCAGCAAAGGGCCGAUGAGGAAGCCGCCACCUUCCAACACACCUAAGGACAAUCCCAGGAGAUUGCCGCAGUGUCAGCAUGUGGACAUCAGCAGACCCCUCAAAGCCCUUGACGCCGCCCCUCUGCCCAGUUCUUCUCAGCGAGGACUCCCGCCCAUGCACCCGGCUCCUCGUGUGCCCUGCGUCCCUGCCAGACCUCUGCCGGCCAACCCUGCACUCAGACAGGCCCAGGGAACUCGUAAGCCAAACCCUCCUCAGAAGCCUCUGCCUGCAGAUCCUUUAAGCAGGACAACCCGGCUUGCCAGGACCCCGGGACAGCAGGAGUCUGGGCUCCGCCGGGCGCCCAUCAGACCUGCUUCCAAACAGCCCCAUCAAGUGCCCAGAGCCACCCACAUCGCCUAUGCAAAGUGAGAAGCAAGCCAACAGCGUUGUUCAACAGUGAAGACAGAAGUUUGCACUAUCCAUCUCUCAACUCCAGUUGGAGUUACUUUUUGUACCAACUUUUAGAAUUUUUUUAAUGUUUCAAACACCAUGAUUUGAAGAACUUUGAGCUACUGCCGUCGGUGCUGUGCUGUGCUAUGGUGCUGUGUAUACUUUUACUUGCUCAGGUACUUGUAAAUUAUUAAUUUAUGCAGAAUGCUUGCUACAGCGCAGUGCGCUGUAGUGGGCGGUUUUUUUGUGUGUUUUUUUUAAAACCAUCACUGAGUUUUCCAUGGAAGGAAGGCUUUUUGUGCUUUGAAUAGUUUAGUGAACUUGAAAUAUCGUGCUUUAUGGGAUUCUGGACAGGAUGUUUACUUUUUGAAGGAGGCUGUAUUGGACAGCAACUCCCCAGCUACCCAUGGCUGUGGUUAUGGUACCAGACACAGCUCAAGAGACCCCAGGUAGAGCCUCGAGUGAUUUUCUGGAACCCCUGCUCUCAGGCCAGAGCCUGGCUUCUGGUCCAGCCUAUGCUUGGCUUGCGGGGAUAACCUGGGCCCUGUCACAGCUGAUAGGUUGGCCCACCAGGGUUAUUAUCCCUUGAAGCUCUAGGGUAACAGGGAAGGACCUGGCUUCUGGCCAGGAAGCUUUGGAGAGAACCUGGGUUGCGGAAAGGAAUUUUAAGGUGUGGCCGCACCAGUAUAGAGACUGGAACACGAGGCCAGCCAGAAACUUGACCUUGAGCUCUCACCAGCCCUGAGAGCAUUUGGAGAGCAGGCAGAGAAGUUUGCUUUAUAGAAACACCAAGAACUUCUUUCCCUGGCUGCCCUUUAAGGAGUGCUGGCGUCAGCACCUUAUUUAGAUUGGGAAAGGUGGUGCUUCUACAAGACAGCUACUGCCCAAGCACUGCAAACCUCCAUCUCCCUGUACUGUUUGGAGCUACACAAAUUACCACCUUGUGUUCUCGACUAUAAUACAGUGACUCUGUGUUCCGACAGAUCGAUGAGGCUUUCCGUGGAGCACAACUAUUUUCAGAUGUGAACCAGUAACCAGAUCUAGUGAAUCAAUUCUGUAGCUAAAACUCUUCUUUUACCACAAGGUUCAACUUAUUAAAAAUUAGGCAGAAUCCCUAGGCUUGCAAAAACUGCAACCAAAUGGAAUGCUCUGCUCAUCGGGACAGGUUAGGGUCUGCCAUCCUUGUUAGUACAUGUUGAACGAAGAACCCUAAGUUACUAUUAAGUUCUCUUUGGGGCAUCUUAUUUUCCCAACUUGGCUGAGGAAAUCUUUAAAAGAUGUUUUUGGCACAGAGUCGGAAUCUAUUUCUUAAGCACUUACAACUUACCUGUUGAGCGUCACAGAAAUGGGAUAAGGAAAUCAAAGUCCUGAUCAAUACUCACGAAGUGCAGUCUUGGGCAGCAGCCUCAGCAGCCUUUCACUCUUCAGAUGUCUGACUGGGGAGCCAUUUCCAAAAGGAGAUCUUGAAGAUGCUUGUAUCUAAGGGCAUGAAAAUUACAAAAUGACUCAGACAAGGUAAAGUGCGAUUAUGCCUCUGUCUGCCUUCUAGUGGGGUCACGUGCGACUGGUUUUCACAUUAGAAGGCAACUGACAGCAGUUCCAUAAUCCACUCUGUUUUAUGAGAGGGACUUCAUCUGGGGUCAUUUCAAUGGUUUUUCUACGCCUUGAAGCAGAAAGACAAAACGUACCAAGAAUCUUGGUUUGCCUUCCAGAAACAAGAGUGCAUUUAACUUUCCCCGUGUUCCCACUGUAUCCAGGCAACACAGUAUUCACGAUCGUGGAUAAACUCAAUAAAAUCCAUGUCACACACACAUACACACACACACAAAAGGGAACUCGGCUCUAAUACAUUCCAACUCUUAUAGCAUGCAACUGUUCAUUAUACAUUUAUUAAUUUCUUAAAACUAUAAAGCCAUGUUAGAAACUAUUACUGCUGAGGAGUACAUACAGAAUUACUAUAACUGGUAUUAUAUUUGGUAACUAUACUAAGGCCAAAACAUAUGCUGUUGAAAAGUUUACAGAAUUUUUAUGGUGCAUCAUGUGGGUAUUGUCUUCGUAGAUGCCCAAACCCUUGCAUCUGGCAUUGUAGCCCCUUCUGCUAGUGCAAGGAAGAGGAUGUGAACUUUUUUUGUCUGUCCUUAAUUAUAAUUCCUAUGCUUCUAUUUCAGAGAACCAGGAAUAGUUUGAUAUUAAAGGAGAUUAAUGCUGUGAUUUUACAUUUCAUCAUCAAUGGCCGCUUAGGGGCCACGGCUGAUGACACAUUCUUCUCUCUCCACAGUACUAAGUGCUUCUCCAGAGCCACGCAAUUUAUUUCUGGAAAAGAACAUAGUUAAACCUAAUAUCCCCUUACAAUACACAGAUAAUAUUAUUAGAGGAACAAUACUUCCAAAUGCAAUAUUUAUCAAAUGAAGCAUAUUAAACAAUAACUUUCAUUUUAAUAUAACUUAGGAAAGUAACUAAUAACCAGGUUGUUUCGGGGGGGGAGCUAUUCCUCCCCCUUUUUAUAUCCUCAUAGAUGAUAGAAACAAAAGUUAAUGCUUAUAUUUCAAUGGCAGUCUAUUUUUAAUAUUUUUUUAAUUGUAUAGGCAUGAAUAAUAGAGUUGACGGGGGCUUAGAAGGCCCUCGCUGAGAAAGUCAGCAUGCCUCGACACAGAGCAGGCCCUAAGGGUAGUCACUUUCCUUCCUCCAUCUUCUGAGAGUUGUAGGUUAUAGGACCCCACUUUACUGAGAAGUAGAUGGCUAAUCUUCCAGGCAUCCUACUGAAAAAUUUAUCGCCUGAAAUUUUGUGUAACAGUUUGUUUUCCUGACACAUGGAAUCAGAUGUGUAGCAACCAAGAGAAACAAUACAUAACAUUUUCCAUUGUCAAAAUAUGCAUAUAGAGAUUACGCUUCCCAGUGUGGAUUUUUCCAGCUUACACAUGUGGGAUGACAUCACAAAAAACCACAAGAGCAGCAAAUUAAACUACAUGAGAAUAAAUACUCCUGACUAGUCUCAAAGGGGACAUUUUUAUGCCUUCUUAACUUUAUUAGGAAUUCUCAGCCUGAAACCGGAGUCCAUUGUUCCGGCAAAUCAGUACAACACAUCCGUGUAACCCCUAAGAGAAGAGCAGCUCCAACUCUGCCCUGGGGCAGACCGUGCUUAGGAGCCUGUGAUCUCCAUGGUGCUAAACAGAGCCUGGUGCUGGCCCGGCGGGAAUUCUCAAGCAUCUCCCUGCCAUCUCUCCACUGCUGUUUACAAAGCACUCUGAGCCACUGAGACCCCGACACCCAAGAGGGCACGAUGCCUGGGCAGCAGCCUGACCCUUCGCAGGCUUUCAGCAGGAGGCUUAUUUCGCUUAAAACGUGGGCUCUGGAGGGCGCCCCAGGUGUUCCCUAGCAGGAAGCCUAGGGCUGACUCGGUCUGGAGGUCCUUCCUCACUGUUAUCAAACUGACCCCAACCAGACACAAGUAACCCAGAUAAACGUUACACCCGGAAGUCUGCCGGUGCCGACCCCCGGGGGUGACUCAGGCUGUGCGUCCCCCGCACGAUGGCUGGCUGCCAGCUGCCAUCUCUUCUCCUUCCCACAACUCACGAGCAGGCCAUGAACGCAUCUGGACACAGGCAGCCUAGGCUAAUACGUCUCUUGGUCACUUCUUAUCACCCAGACACAAGUUCCUUCCCCAGGCCCAACCCAGCACCGAGGCCUCUCCCAUCUCUGACAGAUCUCGGCGUUUUUAGCUACUUCAGGUCAGCCAAAGUGGUAGCUGCCCCACAAGUCCACCCAUCGGACACCCACAGCCCAGCCUCCUCCAGCACCGCAGCCUGGAGCAGCGCUGCCAGCUCCCCCACCAGCCUGGACUCCAGCAGCGUCCCUCCCCCAGGAGGGACGCUAAAGACUUCUAUCUAUUAGAAGGGGGAGUUGGCCAUAGAAAAUCAGUUCACCUCCAAUUACAAAGUUCUCUCGACUCACUCUACAGUUCCCACUGACAUCUCUUUCUUUUAAACCUAUUUGAAAACUCUGAUAGUCAUACCAGUAACAACAAGCUAAGGAAGAUUCGUGAGCCGCAGGCUGAGAACCAUUUCUGUGCAGUGAUGCUUCCAGAAGCCACUUACCUGCACAUGAAUAAACCGUUUCCCUGCCUGUCUUAAAGAAAACGCCCUCUUUACUUUUGGGACAGCAGUGGUGGCUUAGAAUCCAGCCAUUAAGAAGAGCCUGUUCUAUAUGAGAAAAAUUAGGAGAAGAAACACUGCAUAUAAAAUUGUCAUAAUAUUCAAUAGUGGAUUGUGACAGCCAUAAGAUUUAACACACAGUUAAAGGAAUCCUCAAUGUGAUUUGGCCCUUCCAGGUUCAAUCCUCUGUAACCAACCCUGAUGUUUCCAUAUCAUCUCCAAAACACAUGUCCUGUAUUCUCCCUGUGAUUCUCCUUCCAUAAGAUAAUUUUUUAGUUCUCAAUUUAGCACACUGUAAAUCCAGAAUAAAAGGAUAAAUCUCAUGUGAUCAUUUUAGUUUUACAAAGAAGUGGAAUGAUGUCUGUGCUCAUGGCCUAUAUAAGCAAGUACGUAAGUAGGAAGGACAGUGAUAGAAAAAAUAUAUCAAACUAGAAAGAGAAAACCCUCGAAGAGUCCAAGCAGGACAAGUAGCAUCAGAGCUCACUGCGCUCUUGUACCGUCUAUCAGGUCAAGCGGGGAGGUUUUAAGGGAGGUGCAUUGUUGGAAUGUGUGUGGCACAUACGUAUAACUCUGUAAAACUUGGCUACAGGCUAUUCAGCACAGUACAAAGUUACAGCUACUAAACCAGUACAUUCAUUUUUAUAGUGCUUCAUCCAUUUAUCAUGCUUUGGUUUGCUAAUUUUUUUCACAUACCUUUUUAUGUUACAGUCUGUUACCUUUGUACACAUGUCUCAUAUUGGGGGUCUACAGGUAACACAGCCUGCUUUUCCAUAGAAAAAAGUCAAUGUUACGCAUAUUAUAUCCAAUAAAUGGUAUACAGGUUAA